UUCAUCCACCAUGCGUCGCACAAUCAAUCUCUUGCUCGCUCUCAUCAGCAUAAGCAUCUUUUCGUUCUUCACAAAUGAUGCACUACAACCCCAGCAUCCGCAUGCCCAUGGGGGUGGCUGCAUCCCGACCGAGAGGGCCGCCUUGCUCUCCUUCAAAAAGGGCAUUACAAGCGACAGCACCAACCUCCUCACCUCAUGGGACAGCCAAGAUUGCUGUAGUGGAGAGGCAUCGGUUGCAACAAUCGAACUGGCCAUGUCGUCAAGCUUCACCUUCGCACAUUUAGAGCACCUGGACCUUAGCAUGAACUGUUUACCAGGGCCAAAUAGCAAAAUUCUUAAUUUAAUGGGCUCCAUGACGAACUUGAGAUACCUUGACCUCUCUGGUAUACCGUUUACCGGUAGAGUGCCUUCUCAGCUAGGAAAUCUGUCUAAGUUGCAGUAUCUUGACCUUGCCCAAACUGGUAAUUCUAUGAUGUACUCAACGGACAUCAACUGGCUGGCAAAGCUACCUUUCCUGAAGUUCCUUAGCAUGAGCGGAGUCCAGCUCUCAGGGAUACCUGACUGGCCUCAUACCCUCAAUAUGAUUCCACCUCUGAGGGUUAUUCAUCUUUCUUCCUGUUCACUUGAUAGUGCAAACCAAUCACUUCUGCACCUUAAUCUCACAAAACUUGAGAAGCUUGACCUGUCCUCAAAUGAUUUUGAGCACUCACUCACAUCUGGUUGGUUUUGGAAAGCAACAAGCUUGAAGUACCUCGAUCUUGGGGAGAACAGAUUAUUCGGGCAGCUCCCUGACACACUAGGAAACAUGACGUACCUUCAAGUCCUUGAUAUUUCACGCAAUGAGAACAAGAACAUGAUGAUGACAGGAUACUAUAAGAAUCUUUGCAGUUUGGAAAUCCUUGACCUCUCUGUUAAUAGCAUGAAUGGAGACAUAGCAGUGCUGAUGAAGAGUUUGCCGCAAUGCACAUGGAAAAAAUUGCAGGAGCUGGAUUUUAGUAUCAACAAUUUCACUGGAACUCUGCCAGACUUUAUUAGUGAGUUCACUAGGUUGAGCAUACUAUACCUCUAUUCAAACAACCUUGUUGGAACUAUACCACCACAGAUUGGGAAUAUGACAGGUCUAACCUCCCUUGCACUCUAUAACAAUCAGCUCACCGGAAGUAUACCAGCCAAUCUUGGGAAAUUGAUGUAUAUGAGUGAACUUCUCCUCUCAAGCAAUCUUCUCAGUGGAACUGUACCCACUGAAAUAGGUUCUCUUAUUAAUCUGAAUUCUCUGGCCCUAAGGGAAAAUAACUUUACUGGAGUGAUCACGGAAGAACACUUCGCAAAUCUAACAAGUUUAAGGGCAAUAGACAUCUCUUCCAACAAUUUGAAGAUUGUACUGAGUUCCGAUUGGCGUCCUCCCGUUACUCUGAAGUAUGCAUCAUUUGGAUCUUGCCAGAUGGGUCCUCUGUUUCCACCUUGGCUUCAGCAGCUGAAAACCACUGGGCUUGACAUUUCAAGCAACGGUUUGAAGGGCGAGUUUCCUGAUUGGUUUUGGUCUGCAUUUUCACAUGCCACAUCACUGGAUAUCUCUAACAACCAAAUAAGUGGCAGCUUGCCAGCAGAUCUGGAUCGCAUGGCUUUUAAGAAACUCGUUCUCAAUUCAAACCGGUUUACUGGCCCAAUACCUGCAUUGCCAAAUAAUAUCACAUGGUUAGACAUCUCCAACAAUAAAUUUUCAGAAACAAUACCAUCAAACCUUGGAGCCUCACUACUUGAAGUAUUGUCUGUGCAUUCAAAUCAAAUUGGUGGCUAUAUUCCAGAAUCUAUUUGCAAACUUGAAUGGUUGGUGUAUCUGGAUUUGUCGAACAAUAUUUUGGAGGGUGAAAUUCCCCAAUGUUUUGAAAUCCACAACAUACAAUUUUUUAUACUCAACAAUAACAGUUUAUCAGGAAAAAUGCCAGCAUUUUUGCAGAACAACACAGGUCUGAAGUUCUUGGAUUUGUCAUGGAAUAAGUUCUCUGGAAGAUUACCUACAUGGAUAGGAAAGCUGGUGAAUUUACAUUUUCUGAUACUGAGCCACAAUAAUUUUUCUGAUAAUAUUCCAGUUGACAUAACUGAGCUUGGGUAUCUUCGAUACUUAGAUCUAUCAGGCAACAGCUUCUCUGGUGCAAUACCUCAGCAUCUGUUGAACCUAACAUUUAUGAGAACAUUACAACAGGAAUCAGUUGGUAUGGAUGGUUCUGUUGAAUCUCAUGGAACCACAAACUUACGCACUAGCAGCAUACUGAAUGUUGAACAGCUAGGACAUAUAUUGUCAGUACAGACAAAAGGGCAGCAGCUUGUAUACUUAUUUGGCAGAACACUUGCAUAUUUUGUGAGCAUUGAUUUAUCAUGCAACUCCCUGACUGGUGAAAUUCCUACAUACAUCACUUCGCUUGCUGCACUAAUGAAUAUGAACUUAUCAUCAAACCAAUUGAGUGGAGAAAUUCCAAGCAUGAUUGGCACCAUGCAGUCACUGGUAUCUCUUGACCUCUCUCAGAACAAGCUUUCUGGUGAAAUCCCAUCGAGCUUGUCAAAUCUGACAUCUCUGGCCGCCCUGAACCUGUCCUACAACAGUUUGUCUGGAAGGAUACCCUCUGGCCGCCAACUUGACACCCUCAAUUCGGAGAACCCGUCACUUAUGUACAUCGGCAACAAUGGACUUUGUGGGCCUCCUGUCCACAAGAAUUGUUCAGGAAAUGAUCCUUUCAUCCAUGGCGAUCUCAGAAGCAGUAACCAAGAAUUUGAUCCACUGACGUUUCACUUUGGUCUUGUGCUGGGAUUUGUGGUGGGGCUCUGGAUGGUGUUUUGUGCACUGCUGUUCAAGAAGACAUGGAGAAUUGCUUACUUCCGGUUCUUCGACAAGGUGUACGAUCAUGUCUAUGUAUUUGUGGUUGUGAAGUGGGCAGGCUUCGCAAAGAAAACAGAUGAAGAAUAACCAAUUUCUCUGAAGGAGGUGGAGUUUGUGCUGCAACCUAUUGAAUGAGAGCUCUGGAAUAUUAACCAGUGUGCAAGAUCUCCAGACCAGAAGCAUAUGUUAUAUUGUGUGCCUUGUUUGCACCUCUAUCUAAAUAAAAAAUGAAGAUGCCUAUCUCUUCUGAUACAUUUAUGACUGCACUACUGUCAAAUUAUUGUGGUAAAUGUAAGAUCUUCAGAAGCAUAUGUUAUAUUGUGUGCCUUGUCUGUACCCCCUAAAUAAAGAUGAAGAUGUCUAGCUCUUCUGAUACAUUUAUGCUUUACUACUGUCAAACUAUUGUGGUAAAUGUAAGCCUUCAGUAUUGUUUAGUUAUUCCGAUACAUGUAAAACUUUACUAUUCUACUGGACUGUAAUCAUGAGAGUCUUUCCCUGAAUAAUUUCAACAGCUUUCUCCCGUGAAAGUGAGUUAAUUUUUAUUUGUUGCACUUGUAUUCUGUUGUAGAAAUCCCUGCAAAACUUCAGUUUUUAAAUGUACUUGUGCUCUGUAAUGCUACUCCCUUACUUUCUGAAGGAUACAAGUACAAGGCGCAUGAUGGUUGGACAGUGGUUUAUUUCACAGGUUCGAGUUUUUAUUCUUCUGGACUGUAACAAUGAGGGUCUUUCCCUGAAUAAUUUCAACAUUUUUCUGCGGUGACAGUGAGUUAAUUUUUAUUUGUUUCACGUGCGACAGGUUUGUCAUCUGGACUUGUACUUGUACUCUGUUGUAGACAUCCCAGCAAAACUUCAGUUUAUAAACUUGUAGCUGUACUCUGUGAUAUUCCUCCUUACUUUCUGAAGGGUACGAGUACAAUGCCCAUGAUGAUUUGCAGAACUUCUUCUGGUCUUUAAUCUGGGUUGGACAGUGGUUUAUUUUAUAGGUUCAAGUUUUUAUGUGUAGCUUUCGAUGUGUGCAGUAGAAAUGUAAUUGACUGUGUAAUCCUAAGUGUUAAUAUCGAUCAGCAGCAAGCGUCUUUGGUUACUCUCCUCCAGAGAAAUAAGUAAGAGAGAUGUUUGAAGAGGAGUUAACUAACCAGCAAUUUCCUCCUCCUCAGUUGUGUAGCACUCGCCAGACAUGAUCCCGGAAAUUAGCUAACCAGCAAUUGCAUGGUGACUCCGUGCCCUCUCGCCCUCCUGUUUCCUCCUCUCGAUCCGCAAUUUGCAUCGUGUUCGAGGCCAUGGCCAUGCACAAGCUUCAGAGGCUCACUAUGGAGUGCAACGCAAAAGCAGAGCAGCAAGGUGAUGGUAUACUUGAGGACAUCGAGCAUCUGAAAAGCAUCGUGUCAUUCAAGGUGAAUAUAUACUCUGCAGGCCUAUUCUCCUCCAGAGCCUAAAAACUGGGACCUGGAGGGUAUCGAAGCCGUACUCAG